AAUAAUUAUGGCCCCGGUGUAGAUUCGGUGACGCGGAAUCUUUAGGCCACGAGGGAACACACUCGCGCGUGGGUCAAAGAUGGUUGCUCUUCAAAUUGGAGCGAGAGUCGUAGGCGUCGGCUGGGUUGACAGGACGGAGUUUCCUUCUUGGGGUUCCCUACUUUCCCUGUCAACGGUUUCCCCAUGUGUGGCAUCUUUAUAGAUCAUGGAAAACACCCAGGUUAUUGACUGGGAUCCUGAAGAAGAGGAGACAGAAAUAUCCAAUGGGUCCCUGGGGCAUAGCUUGGAGCCUAUAGGGCGGCUGCGUCUCUUCAGUAGUGCUCAUGGACCAGAAAGAGAUUUCCCUCUCUACCUUGGCAAGAAUGUAGUUGGCAGAAGCCCUGACUGCUCUGUGACCCUGCCUUUUCCAUCCAUCUCUAAACAGCAUGCAGUGAUUGAGAUCUCUGCUUACAACAAAGCCCCCAUCCUCCAAGAUUGUGGGAGCCUCAAUGGCACUCAACUCGUAAAGCCUCCUAAGGUCCUAACCCCUGGAGUGAGCCAUCGUCUGAAGGACCAGGAAUUAAUUCUGUUUGCAGACUUUCCCUGCCAGUACCGUCGCUUGAAUGUCCCUCCACCUUUGGUCUCUCGGGGAUUUCUAACUAUAGAAGGGACCCCCAGAAUACAGGGAGAAUCCCAGACCUCCAGAGUUUUGUUGGCUGAGGAUUCAGAGGAGGAAGUGGAUUUUCCUUCUGGAAGGUGUGUGGCAAAUGGAUCAAGAAAUCCAACAUCCCCAUCAGCAACAGUUGUUCCGGAGAGUGAUGAAGAGGCAUGUUCUCCAGCCCCGAGAGCCCCUGGGCUGUCUCUGCCCUUUGACGUGGGCAGUGACACAGAUGAAGAGCAGGGUCAGCAGCUGGCAGUGGGAGGAUCCUCUUCAGCUAGGGCUGGUGCUGCUGCUGCAGAGGCUAAGCAGCCUGAAGGUAAAAGAAUGACAGCUGGCAUCCUGCUGGGACAGGCGCAGCCUACUGAGCCAAAGUUCAAGGACACAGAAGUCAAGAGUGAGGCUGGCAAUGGAGCAGCUCAGGUCGGGUCAGUUCUGGAGAGGAGCCUCACUCUUGGGGAGGACAGUGACACAGAUGUGGAAGGAGAGGGGGUUCCUGUGACCCCAGUUGUAGGUCCUGGGAAGAAGCAAGUCCUGCUUGGAGUUGGUACAGGGGAUCCUGGAGCACCUGGAGUGGCACCUCUGCAGGGCGGCCCAGCCACAGCUAUGGAGGAGGGCAGGAUGCCAGUGGCUGUCCCUCCAGAGACAAACCACACACCCAUGGUGAUUGACAGCGACACGGACGAGGAGGGUGACGUCUCAGCAGCGCUCACCCUGGCCCAUCUGAAAGAGAGGGGGAUGACUUUGUGGAGCAGAGACUCAGGCGUGGAAGAGGCCAGGUCCCAGCCCCAGGUCCUUGUAGAGCGAAGCCAGAGUGCCUCUGGGAGAGACAGUGACACAGACGUGGAGGAGGGAAGGAGAGAAGUGGUCCCUGACAGCCCCGUGGACAUAGAUGAGGCUCUCACUGUCAGGCAUUCAGAGAGCCAGCCUCCCCAUCGAGCCAGAGAUGGAGGUGAGGAUGUGGACAUGAACUCCCCUGGCGGCCACCUAGAGGGAAAUCAGGCCUCCUCUGCCACAGUGGACAGCAGUGCUGCACAAGUGGAGGGGGAAUUCCCCCCAGAGCCAGCUGUUACCCUGGGGGAGAAGCACCAGCUGCCUCUAGAGGAAGCCCAGCCUUCUGAGGAGGCCUGGGAAGCAACUGUGGGGGAAGGCUCAUCUUCAGCAGUGGCAGAUGUAAGAAAGAGCCAGCAGCCAGUAGCAGAAGAUGCUGGGACAGAGUGUGCUACAGCUGUUUCUGAGCAGGAGAGCACUCUUGAGUUGGGGGCCCAAAGCAGGUCACCUACUGCACCAGCGGAGCAGGUAGUGGUGUAUACAGGUCCUCGAGGGGAUCCCACACAGCCACAGAGAGAGGGAGCCCAGACUCCCACAGGAAGAGAGAAAGGAGCACAAAUGGGCAGGACCAAGAAUGCCAAAGACUGCUGUGACGAAUCUGAAGAUCUGUGCCUUCCAGCUACCCAGUGCUUUGUAGAAAGGGAGAGCCAGAGCUCAGAAGCUGUCCAGGGUUUAGAAGAUGAGCCUACCCAGGGCUUCCCAUGUGCUCUGCCCCAAGAGCCUGGGCCUUCCCAUCAUAGCCUUCAGACUCCAGGUGCAGGCGCCCUGGAUGUGCCUUGGGAGGUUUUGGCUACACAGCCAUUUUGUCUGAGAGAACCUGAGGCCUCUGAACCCCAGCUCAUCGCCACCCACCUUGAAGCUCGUGGAUCUCCUCCAUCUCUACUUAGUGCACCACCAGGACACCAGCAUCUGAGUCACACAGAGCUGUUGGGAGUUCAAGGCAGAGAGAUACAAACUAUGGAGAAAGCCAUGGGUAUACCAAAGGAAACAGCAGACAGGGUGACCCCUGAGAGAGAGCCAUUGGAAAGGAAAAUCAGGGAGAGAGAUGUGAUGGGGGAAGAACUACCUCAGGUGAUAGAGGACAGAGAGCCAAAGACGGUGCCAGCUAGAGACAGCCAGGGACAGGAGUCUAACAAGGGGGAGGGUGGGGAUCCUGAAGGAAAUAGGGAGAGUUUGAAGGUAGAAAUGGAGAUGUCCAAAGACACACAGAAGAGAGAGAGAGAAGUAGGGAAACCAGAACCAGAGAGAGAGUGGGAGCCAGCUGGUUUAGAAGUGAACCUAGAUAGAGGGGUGGCUGAGGGAGGGAGCCAUGACCAGAAAGAUCAGAUUGCCAGUCCAACACUAAAGCCUGGACUUGGCAUGGGAGACCUUGAGGGACUGACAUCAGCCCCGCCAGUCUCUGGGAGCCAGGGAGAUGGAGGAAAGGGAGACCCCGUGAGCCCCGGGAGGCAGCAGAGAGGCCGCUUGAAUUGCAAGAUGACAUCUGCUGGAAAGGCUUCCAGGGGUGAUCCAGAACCACCAGCCCAUUGCCUGCUUUCUCCAGUGCCUGAAGCUUCAGCUCCACCCCAGAGUCUCCUCACCUCUCAGAGCCCAAAGCAGUCUCCGCCUCCGCCUUUGAUGUCUUCCCCUUCUGAGCCACACCUUCCUGAGAGUCUUCACACAGAGCCUAAUGUCAGGCCUCGGAGGUCCUCCAGGAUGACCCCCUCAUCCUCUGCUGCCCUUAAGCCUAACACUACCUGCCCCAAAAACCUGCCUGCCGCCCCCAGACCAACAUCUCAGGUCACUCGGGGCAGGGCAAAUAAGUCCUCUGCCAGGACCCCAGAAGUGAUUGUCCCUACAGACUCUGAGCUCCAGCCUCCCACCUCCACAGAACAACCUGCCAUCCCCAGACCCACAUCUCAGGUCACUCAGGGCAGCACAGAUAGUUUCUUUGAUAAGACACCUGAAUCAGUUCUCACAGGUCCCGAAAUCCAGCCUCCCACCACAGAACAGCCUGUUACCCCAAACCCUACACCUCGGGCCACUCGGGGCAGGCCAAGUAGGUCUUCCAUUAAGACCCCAGAACUAAAUGUCCCCACUAGCUCUGAACUCCAGCCUCCCACCUCCACAGAACAAGCUGUCAUGCCUAAACCCACAUCUCGGGCCACCCGGGGCAGGCCACAUAAGUCUGUCAGGACCCCAGAACCAGUUGUCCCCACUGUCUCUGAACUUCAGCCUCCCACCUCCACAGAACAAGCUGUCAUACCUAAACCCACAUCUCGGGCCACCAGGGGCAGGCCACGUAAGUCUAUCAGGACCCCAGAACCAGUUGUCCCCACUGACCCUGAAUUCCAGCCUGCCAUCUCCACAGAACAGCCUGUCCCCCCUGAGCCCUCAUCUCAGGGCAGGGCACGUAGGUCUUCUGUCAGAACUCUUGAAGCAAGCAUCUCCACAGCCCCUGAACUUCAGCCUUUCACAUCUAGAGAACCUCCUGCCCCCAAGCCCACAGCUCUGGGCACUCGGGGAAGGACAUGUAAGCCCUCCAUUGAGGAUUCUAAAUCAGUUGAACCAGUAGCCCCUGAUUUUGAGCCUCCCAUCUCCACUGACCAUCUUGUUACCCCUGAGGUGACAGAUGAGAGCAUUACACUAAAGUCUUCACCACUGAGUGCUUCCCCACUGUCCACCACCCCUGAACUGGAACCUGGUCCCCCAGAGCCCAUUCCUCAAGGCAGUCGCCGAAGGAGGCGGAAGGCUGCUGGGAAACAGGGCUCCCACAUAGUUCCCAUUGACCAUGAGCCUUACUCUGCACCCUCUAAACCCGAGUCCCAGUCUUCAACCAACCAAAGCUCAGGGACAUUAGAAGCAGCUGAGUUGAUUACAGUCGCUCCUGAGGCUGCCAUUGCCCAGGUUCCAGAGACCCCACCUCACGUUCCUCUGAUGCAAAACGAAGCAGCUGGGAGAUCAGGGUUCACUCCCAAACCGCAGGCUGAGGCUUCUCGAGUCCGCAAGGAGCCUUCCACUACCCCAGACUCACCACUUCAGAAACGUCCCCGAAGACAAGUUCCCCAGAUGACCAUCGUCCCCAAGGAAGAAGAUCCCCCAGAAACGCCAGUGAAGGAAGAGCCUCAGGAGAGAGCAAUUCCGGCACCAGGCAAGAGAAAGAGGGGCCGUGCAGAAGAUGAGACCCAGGGAAACGCAAGUCGAAGCCGGCGGGCUAAACCUAACCAAGAAGCAGUAGCUCCCAAGGUCCUGUUCACAGGAGUCAUGGAUUCCCGUGGAGAGCGUGCAGUCCUGGCUCUGGGAGGCAGUCUGGCCAGCUCAGUGAACGAGGCUUCCCACUUGGUCACCGAUCGCAUCCGCAGGACAGUCAAGUUCUUGUGUGCUCUGGGGAAGGGUAUCCCCAUCCUCUCCCUGAACUGGCUGUAUCAGUCCAGAAAGGCCGGUUACUUCUUGCCCCCUGAUGACUACUUGGUGACUGAUCCUGAACAAGAGAAGAAUUUUAGCUUCAGCCUUCGGGAUGCCCUGAGCCGGGCUCGGGAACAGAAACUACUGGAGGGCUAUGAGAUUCAUGUGACCCCUCGCGUGCAGCCACCUCCAGCUCAGAUGGCAGAGAUCAUUGGCUGCUGCGGAGGCACCGUCCUGCCCAGCAUGCCCCAUUCCUACAAGCCUCAGCGAGUUGUCGUGACCUGCACUGAAGACCUUCCUUGCUGUGCUGUCCCUGCUCGCCUGGGGCUGCCCCUCCUCUCUUCUGAGUUCCUCCUAACUGGUGUGCUGAAGCAGGAAGCCACACCAGAGGCCUUUGUCCUCUCCAAUUUGGAAAUGUUACCUUCCUAAAGAAUACAAAUCUACCAGCAAACACUCCUAGAAAACACUUGGAAAAGAAACAUAAAUACACAAUUAAGACCCAGCAAGGUAGUCCACCUUUAAUGUGAGCACUUGAGAGGCAGAGGUAGGCAGAUUUUUUAAGAGUUCCAGGCCAGCCAGGGCUACAUAAUGAGAUCCUUUCUCAAAAACCAAACAAACAAACAAAAAACCCUCAGGGCUUCACAAAGACCUAAGAUAUUGGGAAUGUGGGUAAGGCCACAGAGCUUUUGAAAAGAAAAAAAUAAAUAAAGAAAGAAAAGGACUUUUUCCCUAAGAUGUCCAGUUUUAAAUUGUCCAAACCCAAGCUGGGGUAGCUGUGUGGCAGAGCACUUGCCAUCAUGGUGAGGCCCUGCUUCAGUCAGCAGCCUGCAGCUGCUCUGGUGAAACUGCUGUUCCAGGCCCAGCACCCUGGUGGGACCCAUCUUUGGAAGCUGUCACUUCCCUUUCCUUCCCAGGAUUCUUUUUUGUUUGUUUGUUUUGUUUUAGACAGGGUUUCACUGUAGCUUUUGGAGCCUGUCCUGGAACUAGUUCUUGUAGACCAGGCUGGCCUCGAACUCACAGAGAUCCUCCUGCCUCCCAAGUGCUGGGAUUAAAGGCGUGCGCCACCAGCGCCUGGCUCUUCCCAGGAUUCUUACUUUACUAAGUAAAGCAGCUCCCAGGAGUGCCUGACUGAGAAGAUGCGGGUGGCUCAUGGCAUGUUUUAUGGUCUGUGACUGGCCCGGUUAGAAAGGGUGUUCCAUGUGCUUUUGCAAUGCUUGCUGUUAGCUGUGGUCAUCUCUGUGUAGGUCAGCGCUCAUGCAGCCUGCCUGACGGCGAAUUUCUGGUGUGACAACAGAAGACAGUCUGAAUUUGCACUCAUUUAUCAGCAUCAAUUUAGAGCAAAUUAUAUUUGGUUUUAAGAGUUGGCCACUUUCCAGGAUGUGGAGAGCAUAGGAAUCUUGGGGACUGCUGGUAUUUGGUUUAGCCUCCGCAAUGAACAGUUGAAAAGUUCCUUUAAAG